UUCGAACCUGCGGUUCAGCCGCCCUGAGGCCCCCGCUUAGGUGCCCGUGGGUUCGCCGGGCGGCAGCCGGAAGCGGAAGCGGCCGCUCGGGUCGUGGCGCCGUUGCCGAGCGCCGGGCGGAGGCGCGGGCCCGCGGCGGCUGCGUCCCGUCGCUAUGAGCGCGGCCGGGCUGGUGUCUGCCACGCCGCCGGCCCCCGCCCCGCCCGGGGCGCCCGCCGCUGCCAUGCCCCCCGGCCCCGAUUACUAUGAGGAAGAGGAACUGGAGAGCGCCGAGGAGGAGGACGGCGAGCGGAGCGCUCGGGCCCGCGACUCCGAUGAGGACACUGAGGAUGCCAGUGAAACUGACCUGGCCAAACAUGAGGAAGAGGACUUUGUGGAAAUGAAAGAACAAAUGUAUCAGGACAAACUGGCAUCUCUUAAGAGGCAACUACAACAACUGCAGGAAGGUACUCUCCAGGAAUAUCAGAAAAGAAUGAAGAAGUUGGACCAGCAGUACAAAGAAAGGAUCCGGAAUGCAGAGCUGUUCCUCCAGUUGGAAACAGAUCAGGUGGAAAAAAACUAUGUCAAGGAAAAGAAGGCAGCAGCAAAAGAGUUUGAGGAUAAGAAAAUUGAGCUGAAGGAAAAUCUGAUUGCGGAGUUGGAAGAGAAAAAGAAGAUGAUUGAGAAUGAAAAGCUGACCAUGGAGUUAACAGGAGAUUCCAUGGAAGUGAAACCCAUUAUGACAAGGAAACUGAGGCGGCGACCAAACGAUCCAGUUCCUAUCCCAGACAAGAGGAGGAAACCUGCCCCUGCUCAGCUAAAUUACUUGUUGACUGAUGAGCAAAUAAUGGAGGACCUGAGAACGCUGAAUAAGCUUAAAUCACCCAAGAGACCAGCCUCUCCCUCCUCUCCUGAACACCUCCCAGCCACGCCAGCAGAGUCUCCAGCACAGCGGUUUGAAGCCCGGAUAGAAGAUGGGAAACUCUACUAUGAUAAGAGAUGGUACCACAAGAGCCAGGCUAUUUACCUGGAGUCUAAGGAGAACACUAAGAUCAGCUGUGUGAUCAGUUCUGUGGGUGCCAACGAGAUCUGGGUGAGGAAAACCAGUGACAGCACCAAGAUGAGAAUCUAUCUGGGCCAGCUGCAGCGCGGGGUGUUUGUGAUCCGCCGGCGCUCGGCUGCCUGACUCUGCUCACCCUUGGUCUCUUUUUAUUUGGUUUUUAAACUGAUAAAACACACCUCUGAUGGGCAGUGGCAGUCUGCUCACUCACCUCUGCAGCAGAGAACACUGCCAUCACCUCUUAUGAGACAGUUUGUGGCUGGCCACAGAAUCCCCAGUAGUCCUUAAAUCUUUAGUGAUACCCAAGCACUGCCCGGGACUGUUUCUGGAUUCGGCAUCAUCAAGCUUCUGUUUGCUUGCUUUAUAUUUUUGAAUGACUAUUUAAGAAGACUUUGCAUCACCUUUUUUUUUCCCCCCCAUCCUUGUUUCCUGGUGCAUAAAUGGGACUCAUAUGCUGCAGUCAUCCUAAUGUUGUGUUUUGAAUCAGACCAAUGGAUGAAGCUUUGCUUGUCAAGUCCUGGGGUGACCUGUUUGUUUUCCUGUGAGGCUCGAGACGUUGGGCAAAAGGAGAUCAAUCUUGCCAGCUUUCAGCUGCAGCUGAGGGAUGCAUCUGUAAUACCUGAUAUCUGACAUCAACUUUAUUGGAUCAUCUCUGUUAAAGACAUGAGCUAUGUUUUUAUUUUAAGGGAAGUGUGAACAGCUUAGAAACUGCUGAAGAUUCAGCUGAUUUUAAUGUAGUUCUGCACUCACGUGUGGUUAAUGAGAAGCUUCCAUAUCUCUUCACAUUAAAAAACCCUUCAAUGAACAAGCAAA